AUGCCUCACGCUCACCAUGCGGGCCUGGUAGUGAGAAACGCUCCGGUCCGACGAGAGGUGAUACCGUCAGAUCGACUCCCACUACUAGUUCCAACAACCACUGCAACCACGGGUGCUGGAUUCCCCUCGUUAGUGGUCAGAGCUCCGGCUUCGACGGAAAGUUCAAGCGGAGAAAAGCCCACUAGCAAUCUAUAUACCACAGUAUUGCCGGUCGUACUGGGUGCAGGUGUGCCCAUUGUAUGUGCCAUCGUGGUUCUGAUUUUCUUGCAUCGGAGACAUGUGAAGAAACUGAUGCGGGAGGAUGCCAAUGACAAGCAUAAAUCCUUGGAUUUCGGCAUGGAUGUUGUGGGACCUCCAUCAGGAAGACCACGAAAGAAUCUCAAUGGAAUGCCUCAGAUGAUGGAGCCCAGCCACGCCAAAGGCAUGUCUCUCGAUAUCAACGAUGACAAGUAUCGACCCGCCAACUUCGUCGGACAUGAUGCGGCCUCCAUCCGAUCGUAUCCUCGAAGCCGUGAUGAUGGAGCGAGCUUGGCAGGCUCAACCCGGUAUGGAGCCGCUGAGGAACCAAACGCGGGUCUGCUACGAAAUGCGCAGCGGAUGUCCCGUUCCUCACCUCCCCUCUACAAAACCUCCAAUGAAUUGAACGGCCGGUCUCCAGAUGGGUAUAAUCAACCCCAUUUUGAACCCGUGUCAAGCUUGACCCCGGCCCCCGCGGAGCAUGACGAGCAUGAGCAUGGUCUGGCCAUUGAUAGUGCCACCACCGACCAAAAUAAGAACACCCGCCAAGGGCCCCUGUCUCCGGAACCCCAAUUUCACCUAAAUUCGACCUCCGAGCUGCACUUCGAGACCGAGCCGCAUCAGUAUGGCACCCAUGGCACCAUUCAAGCGAACACUCAUGAAGAUCGUCCCAAUUUCCCGCUACCGGAUCCGUUGCCAUUAUCCCACCCCGAGCCUGUGCAUACACCAAAUGCGACGAUGCAGCUCCCUCGUAUUUCUCUGCCUGCCAGUGAUGUAACCAGCGAUUACGGCGAUGAACGCAGAUCGGCCCAGAUGAUUCCUCCUGUCAAUGUUCAUUCCGCCGACGAAAUCCCGCAUCAACAUGAGCAAAAGCUACCAGAACUCGCUGAAGAGUCUCAAAAUCUGGAACCCGUUUAUGACACUCGCCGGGAUACUCGCCGGCUGACUCUCGGGGUGCGUCCCUUGCCUCCAGAGGACCCUGCCGACAACCCUGAGCAGCGUGCCAACCGAAUCCGCUCAUUCUACAAAGAAUACUUCGAUGAAAGCAAGCGAGAAACCACCUACUACGAGGAUUACGGUCCCGAGAUCUAUGACGGCGGCUAUGUGUAUGAUCCCACUACGGCCCAUUGCUCGUCGGGCUAUGACUCCUCCCCCCUCGGGCUCCCCCCUCGGUUCCAGGGCGCGGCCCGCCAUAUGGCCACAAACUCGGCCGGGUUCAAUGGUUACAAUCCGGGCCCUCGGGCAUUCUCUUCGGCCUCCGGACGGCUGCCCGGUCCCCGUGGUCCUCGCAAGCCAAUGCCUCCCCCCUCGCCUCUUCAAAUCCUUCCCACACCGCAUAUGCUGAAAGAUGAUUCCAUCUUCACGGCUGCUGACUUUGCCCCGGGCAAGAGCUUCCGAGACCAGCGAGAAGGUCGUCCCGAAACCCCCACUGGUGGCAUGCGACCCUACAGUCCAGCCAUUCGUGCCCACACUCCUCUUGCCUCAGCGUUCGAUGAACUUGCUGUGAUCCCCAGCCCUCACGCCUUGCGGAAAUCUGGCACGUACACCUCUCUCGACUUCAUGCCGCCUCCUCGGUUCAAGAACAGCGACGGUGGCAGUGACGCGGGCAGCAUCCGCAGCAACCGGACCGGCAUCUCGAACACCCACAUGAACAACAUCCGCAUGGGCAACUACCGGGUCAGCCGGUUGGCCGCGGACAUGGUGGGCACCAAGGACGAUAUGGUGACCAGUCUGCGUCCGGAUUGGGACAUGAAAAGAUAA